UUGGGUUUCUUCAAAUGCUGUAAAAAAAUUUAAAAACAUCAGAAAUUAAAUUUUAAUCUAAUUUUUAAAUUUAAAAUAAUAAUUUUGUUUAUUUUAAUAGGAUGUUUAUAAUUUUAAGCUUAAUAUUUCAAAUUUUAAAUAUUUAACCUAACAAUUUUAUUUUAAUUUUUAAUUUAAUCGAGGUAAAUACGCAAGGUAUUGUGUAAUAAUUUAAAUUUAUGAUUUUGGAUUAUCUUAACCUACAGUGAAAUUUGCGAAUGCACCUGCAACACACACGUCAUACCUGGCGUUGCAUAUAAAACCAAAAGGCAAACGGGGUAGUAGGUGUCAGACAAACAGUCAACUACAACAUGUCUACUGCCAACACUUGCCUUGAUAACAGCACCGAAAAAAUGAGUGAAAAUGAAAUCAAUGUCUCGAACAACAUCUCCUCGCCCCCUGGUGAACAAGAGAACGUGUCGGUCAACUCAGACGACAGUGAAUUGGAAGAGAUGAAGGCCAGAGUGAAAGAGAUGGAGGACGAAUCAGAGAAGCUGAGACAGCUACAAGCUGAAAUCGACAGACAGAUGCAGCUGGACAGUCCACCGCACUACAACCUUACCGUCUCCCUCGAGGAGAAGAUGGAGGCGGACAAUCGUAGCGUGUACGUGGGAAACGUCGAUUACGGCACCACCCCGCAGGAGCUGACCAAGCAUUUCCAGGGUUGCGGUAUCAUUAACCGUGUCAAGAUUCAGCACAACAAGUACGAUGGGAAGCCGAAGGGCUUCGCCUACAUCGAAUUCGGACAUACGGAUUCGGUGCGUCUGGCCAUGGCCAUGGACGAGUCCUUGUUGAGGGGACGUCAGAUUAAGGUGAUGCCGAAGAGGACCAACCGUCCCGGCAUUUCCACCACUCAUCGUGCACCUAGAGGAAGGAACUUUUUCAGAGGAAGAGGAGGCAGGGGACGAGGUUCCAGAGGAUUCAAAAGACCUGGACGUGGAUUUUAUAAUCCGUAUUAA